AUGGGAUACCUUACUACUGUGUUUAGUAUCUUUCUGUCCAUUAUAGCUGCUGUCUUGACAGUUGAUUGUUUUAGCCCUCAGCUUGAGCAAUAUGUGGAAUCGUAUCAGAAAACCUGGUUGCGUACGUCUCUGAGAUAUCUGUAUAAUAACUGCCAGCGUGUGACCGGUGCGCUGCUAUGGUAUGUCAGAGCUUUCCUAGGAAUGGAUAUCCGGGGUAGGUAUGGUGGAACUGUGGAUUAUCUUUUGAUAUAUCCAAUAAAAGCCGUAUCAAGUGGAUUAAAAGUGGACGAGUGGGAAGUGGAUCAUUAUGGGCUCAAACACGACAGACAAUAUGUUAUAUGUAACUACGACACUAAAAAGGAGUGCUAUAUGCCAAUAUUGCUCAAAGAGGUCCCUAAGCUUUCGUCGGUCCAUGUUUCGCUUGACAACGGCAAGUUCAAGUUCGAAUACGAUAGCACGGCUACAAACAGUAAGGCUGUGUUUUAUCUCCCAAUGAAUGUGACAGAUGACUAUGUGGAACAGCACAGUUCCUUUGGCACCGAACUUAAGCCAAUCAGUUUGUGGCUGGCCACUUUACAGGGCUAUGUCUUGGAUAAAGCUCUGGAUCCCGAAUUUAUUACCAGUAUGGGAUUACCCAAUGAGGCAGUACUGGUUUAUUCUCCCAACGGCAAAGCCUGCAAGGUGGGAGCACCAAAGAACGUUGACAGAAAUACACUGUUUCAUGAUUAUUAUCCCAUGCUAAUGACUUCUCAAGAGAGUUACGAAGAGGUGAAACGAAAUGCCGGGGAGAAUGGAAAGUACGUGCGAAUGGAAGCGUUCCGUCCCAACUUGAUUAUUCGAGAUGUCGAUAAGCCUUUCGCGGAGGAUUUCUACCACAAGUUUGAUAUCGUGGGCACCAAUUCGCGCAUUGGUUUCACUGGCGCAUUAAAGUGCAUCAGAUGUACCAUUCCGAACAUUGAUAUUUCUAAUGGAACCAUGGACAAAAAAGGCACCAUUAGCAAGACGAUGUCUAAAUAUAGACGUGUGGACGAGGCAAAUCCUUAUAAGAGCUGUUUUGGAAUGUAUGUUAUCCAGCACGAAAAGAACUUCGUCAUCAGAAAAGGAGACAAGUUGGACAUUUUACAGAAAAAGGCAAUGAAAAUGGAUGAAAACCCGUUUUAUUAA